AUGGCCAUGACUGAAGCCCUAGUUUUGGGACUACUGGAUUUCUCACAGCCUUUCAUACUAGAGAUCGAUGCGUCAGGGACAGGUGUGGGGGCAGUGUUGGGGCAAAAAGGACACCUCAUUGCUUAUUUCUCAAAGAAAUUGUCAGCUAGAAUGCAGAAACACUCAACUUAUACAAGGGAGCUAUUGGAUAUAAUGAAGGCAUUGGCUAAGUUCAGGCAUUACCUUUUGGGAAACAAGUUCAUCAUCAGAACUGAUCAUAAAAGUUUGAAAUGUUUGUUGGAUCAAUCGCUUCAAACACCUGAACAACAAGCUUGGUUACACAAACUUUGGGAGUAUAAUUUCAAGAUUGAGUACAAGCCUGGGAAGGACAAUCAAGCUGCUGAUGCGUUAUCACGAAUGUUUAUGUUGGCUUGUAAACUAUCUUUGAAAUAUUUUGGGCCCUUCAAAGUUUCGGCUAAGAUUGGAACUGUGGCAUACAAGCUAGAGCUGCUGUCAACUGCGAGAAUCCACCCCAUUUUCCAUGUGUUACAGUUGAGGUUGUUCAAAGGACCUGCUAGUGAGACGUAUAUGUUGUUAUCUUUAACUGUAUCAGAAAUGGGGCCAAUUAUGAAACCAAUACAGGAAGAAGCUACGUGGGAGGAUGUGGAAGUCAUGUCAGCUAGUUACCCAACCUUCAACCUUGAGGACAAGGUUGUCUUAAAAGGAGAUGGUAAUGUAACGAAAGAAAAGCCACGUGAUGAGAAAGAGGGUGAAGCAGGCAUGAAUAACAAACUUCCUCAAAUUCAAGAAAUGGGACGUGGAAAGAGAGAGAAAAAGGCCAGCUGGAAGAUACUACAAUCUAGUUGA